GCCGACACCACACUGAGCCCCCUAAUGAAUCGCUCAUCAGCAAGUCGCUUCUUCCGAAAACCUCACGAGAUCCUCGCAUCAUCAUCCGUUCCCUCCAUCUCAACCACACCCUUCUCCCAUUCCCGAGCCCGGAACCGGAGCAGCGGUGGAAGUGGUGGAAGUUCCGUAUCCUCGCACCAAGGCCAACCAAACCUCCUCGUGGAAUCCGACGAUGACGAGGAUGGGCCUUCAAGCGCCGCGUCCCAUGGCUCCCUGCCCAAGUCACAGAACCGGAGUGUGUCUCCUCCUUGGAGUGGAUUGAGCCCUCAUUCUAUACCCUUACUACCAAUGCGUGGAGGAGCCUCUGGCCAGGGUCUGGGCGGUGGGGGGAAUUUGAUGAGUAGGACGCCGAGCCCGCUUCUACCAAAUAGCGGUGAUCCGGAUAGGCUAGGGAAUGGUGCCGGCUGUCAUGAGUGGAGAAUUGGGGGAGGGAGUGAGCCGGAGAGUCGUGGGUUCGCGAAGUGGACACAAAACGGUAGGCUUGGAUGGUGGUUGUGGAACACACAGCGGGGAUGGAUGAUGUACAUUGGGCUUCUAGUGGCAUUUUACGGAGGCGCAGCGUUCACGCUUUCGAAGGUUAAUGGGUUCACGCUUCUUAGUGAGUCUCCUGCACUAUGUCCUCCGGGCGAAGCAAUGCCUUGCUGACUAUUCGUUUAUAGCCGGUGUUUAUAAGUAUUUAUGAUCGUUCCUUAAAGUCGAGUUGCAGCUGAUGGCUCUCUAGAUUUGUCUAUCCAAUCACCACGACGCUCUUCCAGUUGAUAAUGACACAAAUAUUCCUUUAUUUUGCCGCUUCGAUAACUCGCUCGUUCUCUCGCUCGCUCUACUCCCUUGGACUAGGCAGCAUGGUAGCCCCGCUCCCCGCUCCCUCGAAAGGCAAACGGCGAGCCUCGGGGGGUGGCCUCCGAGACUUUGCAAAGAAAUUGACUACCGGAAACCGUGAGGGGGGCGUCUUUGAGCUCAAAUGGAUUGAAGCCAGAAGGGUCCUCCCUGUCGCCAUUAUAUACAGCUUAAAAGUUGUCCUCAGCAAUAUUGGCUUUGCGUAAGUUUCCCAGUACCAAUGAGUAUAUCGCACAGUGUACUGAUUAGUAAUAGCUACACAAACCCACCAAUCUACCACCUCUCCCGCGUCGGUUCCCUCCUCUUAGCGAUGGCCUUCACCCACCUCUUCACAACCAACAGCUCCCUCUCCGUAACUACCAUGUCCUCUUGCAUAACCAUGGUCCUCUCCCUAGCAAUGGCAGUCCUCCGCCCCGGCACGCGCUUCGCAAUUGAGGGCUUCCUAGCCGGCCUUUUCUCAACAAUAUUCGUAGCAGCAUACCCGAUCCUCCUCACCAAGGCAUACAAGUCACUUCUCCAUGGAAACCCUAAUACCACCGGCUCGGGUGACCUCUUAGGCGUAGGCCCAACAGAUGGGAUGUUCUCCACCGAUGGUGGGGAAGAGACUAGAUCCGCAUGGAAGUUACUGCAUUACGUGAAUGUGCUCAGCAUAGCUAUGAUCCUGCCCUGGGUAUUUCUUAGCGGAGAAUUUGGUGACAUUAGUCGCAACUGCUACAUCCUUGACCUUCCCUGGUUCUGGCUGAUGGGACUGUUCAGUGGUAUGGGAGCAUGGGCCACAUUUGUUAGUGGGUUUUUGUUGCUUCGGGUGCGUCCUCCCUCACCAUCCCGCCCCCUUGCACUAGCUAUAAGCUAACAAUCGGAUAGGCAACAACACCGCUAACAAUGGUAGUGUCAACCUACCCCAGGACAGCCUUUCAAGCCCUCCUCAUGCACGGCUCUAUGCCAACAUGGAGCUGGGUCGGUGUGCUCAUGUGCUGGGGAAGCUCAGUCUGGUACCUUCUCGGACGUAGGAAGGAAUGCGGCGUUAGCUUCUUUCACGUGGAGGAUGGCAAAGGCCCGUUUGGCGGAGAAGCUGCCAGGCGUUUGGAAGAAGCUUGAAAUACCAUACCCUCCCGUCCAGGGCAGCAAUUUAGAUGUUGGUUGUUUUAUCUUUUUCCCCCCCUUUAUUUUAUUUUUUAUUUUCUCUUCUUUUGGCGUGUACAGUAGGUUUUACCGGAAAUGACAGAUAGAUGGGGCGGGGGAUACCCGUCCGGUAAUAUAUAUAAUUCUUGUGAAUUGUGGGUUGAAUGCUGGAGUGGUUGGCGGUUAGUCCGAGGUAAUGUGAGGCUUGAAUGGCGCCGGGGGGGAUGAGAUCUCUCACUCGUUUGGGUUUGCGGUACAAUAUCUCCCUACCUGGUAGGCGGGGCGCAAUAAUUUUUAUACAGCCUUUUCUCCCCAUGUGUCCAUCGAGUGUCCGGGAUAUCGGGCCAGGCGAAAGGACCAUCAUGAAGGAUUAAUUGUUAAAACCUUGUAGUGAAGAGGACGUCGCUCUGCUCCAGUGUGUGGGGGUUUGCCGGGUAAAUCCCGGAUUGUGCAGCACAUGCGGGAAGUUUGUGUUAGGUCCCGGGUGUGGGGGUGGGGGGAGGCCCCUGCGAGGUGCUUCUUGUAAAUCCUAUGCCCUCGUUCUUUUUCGAAGCCCAUCCUGGCCCUUAACACUUCCACCUACACUCUCAACCGCGGUAUAAUUUGUGCCGGCGUAUGGUGCUCUAUGAGUGCCAUCUCGCCGCAUGCAACUCUGGUAUCAUACCAACUCUUUGCGGCGUGUCCGGAUGGGAAGCACUCAUCGUCCCAUUCCUAGAUUAACACCGGGAUCCAGGCCCAUCGGGAGAGGAUGUAUGAUACGGUAGGACUUCGUGAGUACAGUAACCGUUUAUGGUGGUUAUGCGGUUACGUGCGCGACCGUUCAUCCAUUGCCGUUGGUAGCUGCUCUGUCGAUUUUUUUUUUCUUUUUGAAGAAGGUGUGAUAGUCGGUUGAUCUCCCGCCCCGAUGGUGGGGUUUGCCUGUCCUCGUCCUUGAGGUUUUGGGAUUUACAGCUGCUUUUGGAUUGCGAUUUGGUGUGAGUGUUUGGCUGCGUGCCUGCAGGUGGGGGUGCUGUCGAAUUUGUUUAUGUCAGCUCCUUCGUAGUUUAUGUGGAGGUAUGAUAUAUUGUUUCGUUGUAUGAUACAUAUCACUCUUGUCGCCGCGCUGAUCGGUUUUGUUCCCGUCGACUGCCGUCUUCUAGGGUGAUGUCCGGAUGCAGAUUUCUGUCACCGUGUAGUGGUGCAGCGGUGUGCUGCCGUUGUUGUUUGCCAGGUUUUACCAGCGCUACGCGUGGUAUCCUGGUCGAAGUUUUGUGGCAUAUCGCUGCU